AUGUCCUCCUCAGGUGGAAGCCGCUGGGAAUGGGAGCCGGUGGUCCGCAGUGACCUCUCGGCUCGAGGCUUCCAUUCCUGCAACGUGGCGCAAGGAAAGCUCCUGCUCUUUGGGGGGCUGAAAACCCAGGACACUCAGGAGCCGCCCCUGGGAGACGUGGUGGCCUUCGACCCAGCCGCCCAGGCAGUGCGUCCGCUGGCUCCGGAACAUGGCUACCGCCGCAGUCACCACGAGGCGGUGGUGCUGGGCGACCGCUGGCUCUGUGUGGUGGGUGGGUGGGAUGGAUCCCGCAGGGUCUCCGACGUCUGCAGUUUCGAUGUGGAGCAGAAGCAGUGGGAAGGCUGGUCACCCAGGACAUCCGAGACCCCUGUGGGGCUAAGCAGCCAUACUUGCACCAAGCUAACGGACCAUGAGUUGCUUGUGGUGGGCCGGGAAGGUGGCCUGCGCACCCAGCGGCGUUAUGCGAGCAUCUUCACAUUGCACCUGCAGCUGAGCAGCAAGACCUACUGGUACAAAGAAGAGGAAUCACGGACAGCUUCCAGAGCUGGCCACUCUGCCAUGCUGCUACAGGAUUAUGGCCCACUCGGAAAGAGCAGCGGCUACAAACUCUUGGUCUUUGGAGGGCGCGAUUCUGCAGAGUGCGAUGUGGCCGGACAUUGGAGCAAAGGAAAGCUCCACGUGGAGUCCACCCAGGCCCCGGAGCUGACGGAGCAGCUCUCUCGCUUGGUGGGCACUGAAAAGGGGUCCCAGCAAGGCCCCAAAGGCCUACGGCACCAUUCCUGCACGGUGGUUGCGCCCUUUGCGGUCAUCUUUGGGGGAGAGACCCUGGCGAGGGGCCGAGAUGCCAUCUGCAACGAUCUUUACAUCUACGACGCCAGGGCGUCGCCAGCCAGCUGGUUCCGCUUUCCUUCUUCAAGCCACGCGCAGAAGAGAUGCGGCCACCGAACGUGCCUCUGGAACGACAAGCUGUACCUGGUGGGUGGGUUUGGUGCCGAUGGGAAGACCCCUUGCCCAGAGAUCUGCAGUUUAAGGAUCUUGCCAUGAAAUUCGAGGGAUUUUUACUUGCCAAAGGGGACUGCCAAAUGCUUCUUCCACCACCCCUGGAGUUUCUUUUUGGCUCUGGAGAGUCAGCCCACUUCGAUGGAGUAAAUGCACUCAAGCAGGUCAGAAAGACGCCAGCUCUUGAGGCACAGAAACAAACAAUCCGACGUACACGGAAAAUGCCAGCAAGAAGUCACCUCCUUAAAUUUGAGGUGU